AUGUGGGCGAUCUGGCAACGACAAUCUAACGUCGUGAUAUUCAUGCUGGAUGGGAUGGGUGUUUUGUGCUCUAUACUGAAAGACGGCGAGGAAGCGCCGGGUAGCGAAGUUAAAGAGAUCCAGAGAGAGAAGCCGAGAUCCAGUAUCUUGAAGAUGCCUCAAUCUGGAAGACCUGGGACAAGAGCAAAGGAAAUCUGGCGUCUCGCGAUUGAGAAACGAGAAUUCAACACUCCAGAAGAUUAUGAUAAAGCUCUUCAGUCUCUUCAGCUGGCUGAACGGAGAACUGCAUUUGAUGCGAAAGCUGAAGAGUUGGCUUCAGAAGUGGAAAAAAAGGCGGCAAAAAUUGUUCAAAGAAUCAGAAAUUACGAUUGGGAAAAUACUCAUGGAAAGUCAGUCGACGCGAAAGGUCUCGCUACUGAAAAGAGAGCUCAAGGAGAGCACUUUCUGGGAAACGUGGAUCUUAUCAAUGAUACGAAAUUAUUGGAGAUUGCAAAACGAAUGCCAAAAGGAGCUCACCUUCACAUUCAUUUCAAUUCAUGUUUACCAGCACAAUUCUUGAUACAACAAGCUAGAGAUAUUGAUGCAAUGUACAUCCGUAGUACUCUACCUCUAACGUCACGAGAAAAUUACACAGCUUCACGAAUCUCUUUUAUGGUAAUGACACCCCAUGAAGCGACCCACGUGAAAGGAGAGGAAAAAGAAACUUAUGUUCCUCUGGGAGAUAUUACAGAUAUUGAUUAUGUCUCCAACAGAUGGAUGCCAUACAAGCAGUUUCAAAGGCAGUUCAAUUUUGUCGACGAAAAUGAUGCAAGGUUGAGCGGCACGACUGGUGCUGAAAUAUGGCUCGAGAGAAAAAUGUUGAUUUCGGAAGACGAGGCCCAUGGUUGCUCUCAAACUGGUCGCGGGACUCAAAUGAUGAAAGGAUUAUUUGCUUAUGAGUCUGCGUUCAGAAACUACACCAAGGAGUGCAUUAAAGAUUUCGUCAAAGAUAACAUCCAGUAUGCUGAGAUACGCCCAAAUUUUAUGGCUACGAAUUCCCUCAAGUCUGAUGAUGGCACAAGAACUAUUGGCAAUGAGGGGAUUAUGAGUAUCAUCAACGAAGAGCUCCACCGGACUAUGCAGGAGAUUCGAAGUAAGGGCCAGUACUUCGGGGGCAUGAAAGUCAUUUAUUGCACACCUCGCUCAUUUGAUAGAGGCAAAAUUGAAAUAGCUUUAGACGAGUGCAUUGAUUUAAAGAAGAAGUAUCAGAAACUACUUUGUGGGUUUGAUCUUGUGGGCCAUGAAGAGAUGGGAAACGAGCUUCGACAUUUUGUGCCCGAGUUUCUUGCAUUCCGUCGGAAAUGUCGAGACCAAAAACUAGAUAUCCCAUUUCUAUUCCAUUGUGGGGAGACGCUAGAGGUUGGCGGAAAAGUGGACGGCAAUCUUUUCGAUGCGAUAUUACUAAACGCAAAGAGAAUAGGGCAUGGUUAUGCAGUCGCAAGACAUCCUAUUCUUAUGGAAAUAUUCAAAGAAAAGAAAAUCGCCAUCGAAUCAUGUCCUAUCUCUAACGAGGUUCUUGGCCUCACUCCGAGCAUUGCGGGACACAACCUUCCGGUAUUACUGGCAAACGAUGUGCCUUUAAUGAUUGGCUCUGAAUCAAUGUCUCUUCAUGGCUGGAAGCAACUUGCAGAGUGGAGUUUAGAAUAUAGCUGCAUGGACGACGAGGAGAAAAAAGACGUUACUAAGGAAUGGACCACGAGAUGGAGAGAUUACUGUCAGUGGAUUGUUGAUAAGUACAGUUGGGUAAAUGAAUGGACACCAGCAUCUGAUCGACAUUAA